AUGACGUGCUGGAUAAAUGAUGACAAAGGCAGCACAUACUCUUAUUCAAGUAUAGUAGACAGAUUAGAUUGGAAUGCAGUUCCCAAUAUGCAAGGUUCACGACUGCGGCCAAAGAAGUUAAUGAAAGAGUGGAAGAUAAGAACAGACAAGGUAGUAAAUAUAAUAUCAACAUAUGCUCCUCAGAUGGGUUGCCAAGAACAAGAGAAAGAAUUAUUUAGACAAGAGUUUGAGGCUCUCAUUAGAACAGUGAAAUAUGAGUUGAAACUAAUAAUAGAAGCUGAUAUGAAUGGCAGGGUGGGAAAGAGAAGAGAUGGGUAUGAAAGGUACAUGGAGGCCAUGGGUUUGGAAUUAGGAAUGAAGAUGGGGAUUAUUUAUUGGAGAUGGCUCAGAAGGGUCAGCAUUAAGCCCAUUUUUGUUAGUACUGGUCAUGAUGUGUUGAGUGAAGCGAUCAGGAAUGAAGAGCUCUGGCAAUUGUUGUUCUCUGAUGGUCUGGUGAUUACUGGAGAGUGGCAGGAAUCUUUAGAGAAGGGUGACUUAAAGGUCAUUUGUGGCAAAAUCUUAGCUCAGUUUACCAAUGUCAGUGCUGCUCUUAGUGAUAGUGUUGUGAAUGUUGAGGAGGUGGCUGUUUGUCCUACCGGUGCUCCUAGACAAAGGUCACUGUCCCACUCCCCCACACCGGGGGAGAAGACAUAA